GCCGCGCGAGAAGGAGGCGGCGGCGCCGCCGGUUUUGCACCUGAUCACCUUUCUAGCAGGAGAACGAUCAUGGAGGUGGUGCCAGCUGAGGUGAAUAGUUUGCUUCCAGAGGAGAUAAUGGACACUGGUAUAACUUUAGUGGAUGAUGAUAGUAUUGAGGCUGUUAUUGUUUCAUCCCCAAUUCCCAUGGAGACAGAACUGGAAGAAAUUGUCAACAUAAAUUCUACUGGUGACUCUACAGCCACGCCCAUUUCCUCGGAACCAAUCACAGUGUACAGUAACCACACUAACCAAGUUGCAGUGAAUACCACAAUUACUAAAGCAGAUUCUAAUACCACAGUGAAACCAGCUUUUCCAAGUGGCCUUCAAAAACUUGGUGCUCAGACUCCUGUGACUAUAUCAGCCAAUCAGAUUAUUUUAAACAAACAGACAUCUGAUCUUAAACUUGGCAAUCAGACCCUUAAACCAGAUGGACAGAAGUUAAUUUUAACAACUUUGGGCAAGUCUGGUUCACCAAUUGUUUUAGCUCUACCCCAUAGUCAACUACCCCAAGCUCAGAAAGUUACAACUCAGUCCCAGUCAGGAGAUGCUAAGUUACCACCGCAGCAAAUUAAAGUAGUUACCAUUGGAGGGAGGCCAGAGGUGAAACCUGUCAUUGGUGUCUCAGCAUUGACCCCAGGAAGUCAACUGAUUAAUACUACAACUCAGCCCUCUGUGUUACAGACCCAACAGUUAAAAACAGUACAGAUUGCUAAGAAGCCUCGAACACCAACCUGUGGUCCAGUAAUCACGAAGCUGAUCUUUGCAAAACCAAUUAAUAGUAAAGCAGUUACAGGACAGACAACUCAAGUAUCACCAUCAGUCAUUGCAGGUAGGGUUCUUUCACAGUCUACUCCUGGAACUCCAUCAAAGACCAUUACAAUAUCAGAAAGUGGUGUUAUUGGAUCAACUUUAAAUUCUACAACACAGACACCAAAUAAAAUAGCCAUCUCACCUUUGAAAUCGCCAAAUAAGGCAGUGAAAUCAGCUGUGCAGACCAUCACUGUUGGAGGAGUGAGCACAUCACAGUUUAAGACAAUUAUUCCUCUGGCAACUGCUCCCAAUGUCCAGCAGAUUCAAGUGCCUGGAAGCAAGUUUCAUUAUGUCCGACUUGUUACUGCCACAACAGCCAGUAGCUCAACCCAACCAGUUAGUCAGAAUCCCAGUACAAACACUCAGCCUCUUCAGCAAGCAAAGCCAGUGGUUGUUAAUACAACCCCAGUGCGGAUGUCAGUUCCAUUUGUCCAAGCUCAGGCUGUCAAACAAGUUGUCCCCAAACCCAUCAAUCCAACUUCACAAAUAGUAACUACUAGCCAACCACAGCAACGGCUUAUCAUGCCUGCCACCCCACUGCCACAGAUCCAGCCCAACCUCACUAACCUGCCACCAGGUACUGUCCUGGCACCAGCUCCAGGAACAGGGAAUGUGGGUUAUGCAGUGCUUCCAGCUCAGUACGUUACUCAGCUACAGCAGUCUUCAUAUGUGUCUAUAGCAAGCAACUCUAAUUUUACUGGAACAUCUGGUAUCCAGACCCAGGCAAGACUCCCAUUCAAUGGCAUAAUUCCAUCAGAAUCUGCCAGUCGGCCAAGAAAACCCUGCAACUGUACAAAAUCGCUGUGUUUGAAAUUGUACUGUGACUGCUUUGCAAAUGGCGAAUUUUGCAACAAUUGCAACUGUACUAAUUGUUACAACAAUUUGGAACAUGAAAAUGAAAGGCAAAAAGCAAUAAAGGCAUGCCUUGACAGAAAUCCAGAAGCUUUUAAGCCUAAGAUAGGGAAAGGAAAGGAGGGAGAAUCAGAUCGACGUCACAGCAAAGGAUGUAAUUGCAAACGAUCAGGAUGUCUUAAAAACUACUGUGAAUGCUAUGAGGCAAAAAUAAUGUGUUCCUCAAUAUGUAAAUGUAUUGGCUGUAAGAAUUUUGAAGAAAGCCCAGAAAGAAAGACAUUGAUGCAUUUGGCAGAUGCAGCUGAAGUAAGGGUGCAGCAACAAACAGCAGCAAAGACGAAAUUAUCCUCUCAGAUUUCAGACUUACUUACUAGGCCAACACCGGCUUUGAAUAGUGGAGGAGGAAAGUUGCCAUUUACAUUUGUAACUAAGGAAGUAGCUGAAGCCACAUGUAAUUGCCUUCUCGCCCAGGCAGAGCAGGCAGACAAGAAGGGAAAAUCAAAGGCAGCAGCAGAGCGGAUGAUUCUUGAGGAAUUCGGACGAUGUUUGAUGAGCGUCAUCAACUCUGCAGGAAAAGCAAAAAGUGACCCUUGUGCCAUGAAUUGCUAACUCUUGCACAAGACUGAUAAAUGAACCUGUACAGAAAUUUUAAGGAUGCUUGACUGUCUGGAAGAUAGUUUAACAAUUACUGUAUUUGAAUUCAGUCCUUGUUUUAAGAGACCUGAAAUUAUAAUAUUGAAAGAGAAGAAAUUUUAAAUGAGGAAAUUAGUACAUUUUAAAUCUUAGUUAAUUCUAUGCCCCUUCUAAAUAGAAUUUUUCUUUUAAAAUUUUUUCUUUAUUGUAUUAUAUAGAUUUUUAAUUUACUUGGGUUUCUUAAGAAUUAGAUGUUCUAUCCUUCUGAUUCUAUUGGCAAAGAACAUUUAUAAAUUACUAUGAUAUAAUUUAUAAUGUAUGGCGUUGUAUGACUUUGUUCAGUAGAAAAAACCAAAGCAGCAUUGGUAUUGCCAAGUCAUUCUUUGGUUCUAGAUUUAGAAUAAACAUAGACAGAAUGUCUACAUAAACAAAUUAUGGAACAUAUUUGGACGACAUCUUAUGUUUAGAAAAGUGCUAUCUUCUUAAGAAAAAUUAGCUUUUUUAGGGUGAAUUCUGGGAUAUGCUAUUGUCACUUUGGUAAAUUAGAAGGGGAAGUAAUCCCCAGGCACACUUUUAAAAUUAAAAGUUAUAUUUUCCAAAAAACAGAACAAAAGAAAACAAAAUAUUAAGGGACAGUAAGUGAUUUUCAAAAGAUGGGCAGUUUUUCUAUAAUGAGGAAUGGCUAACAUGCUGAAGGAUGUCUCCAUUGUCUUUCAGAGGUGGUAUGUGUUUGAAAUAAUAAAUUGUUGAAGUGAUUGCUGGGUAUUGUUAAAAUGAGGUAUGUGUGAAUAGAAGUAAACAUUAUGUAGUGAUAAUGUAGAUCCUCUCAUAACUAUCAAGUAUAAAAUUUGGCUUGAAUGGAGAUAUAAGGAAUAAAGAAGCUGUAAGAGAGUGAAUUUAGGGAAAGAUUUUUCAUCUCUACAGUUUUCUUUGUAGACUUUUGAACAGAAAAUUUUCAAACCAAUACACGACUCUUAAUUGAUUUACUCAAAUGGGCUGCCUAACAAAGCAUUCAAAAUUAUAGUGGGAUUUUUUUUAUAUGGGAUGUUUAAUAUGCCAUUAUUUUUAGCCAGUGAUUUGGUAAGCUGAAGGUACGUGUGUUUUCAGAUAAUUGUUGAAAUUACCUAAAUCAUUUUCAGUAAUUUAAAAACUCUAUGAAUUUAAGAGCCUUUUAAUAGGACUCCUGAUUUUAUGACAAAACAAUAACAACAAAAAACCAUGUUGGAAUUCAGGCGUUUUGUUAGGUACUUUAAUCCUCAGUAAUUAAAUGUAUAUGAUCAUUACAUUUCCUACAAGGACUCUAUAGUUGUAUGUAUUAAGUGUGUAUAUAUGUUCAUAUGAACAUGCAAGAUAUAGGCAAUAGAAAUUAAGUAAUCCAGAAGAGGAUCCGUUAUUCAUUAAAGUAUCCUUCUUUUGAAAUUUGGAUUUAUAAAAUUAUAGUGCAGUAACUUUAAAUGUAGAUAGUGCAAACAUUCUUAGCACCUCAAUCUAGUAUGUCUAAUUAAAUUUGUAUAAAUGUAAAUUACUCUAAGAGGAUAAAAUAAUAUCUAAUGAAGUUAUUUUUCAAAAGAUUGCAAUAAGUUUUUGGUCUGAACCUAAACUUUGUUCAUUUUGUAUAUAUUCUGUGUUAAUUCUAAUUGCACCAUUGUGAUGUGUAUUUAUAUACAGUGUGCAGAAAAUGUUUGUGAAAUUUUGAUUACAAUUGUAGAUUAUGUAUGAUGGCAUUGCUUAAGAAUGUCUUGCUUGUAAAAAUUUGAAGGUGCAAUCAAAUGCUACUAGUUUUUGAUUUUCAAGAAGCUAUCUAAAGAAUUAAGCCUUUUUCUUCCUGUGUAGUACUUACUAAACAACUUUUUGUAUUUAGGCAUUUGCAUCAAAUUGCUGAACAAGAUUAAUAGCCACAUUAAUCCAACAAUUUUAAAAGACUAUUUGGGGAGGGUUGGGUAUAUAAUUUUCUAGCUCUAUUUACAUCCCAAAGUAGAAAGAUUAAAUUUAUAUUUACUAGAGCUAUUCAAAUACACUUUUCUAUAUUGUAAAAACAGGAUAGGAAAGUAAAUCAUACAGAAAAUAAACAUUUAUACUAUUCUGUAAAAAAAUAAAGGUUUUGCAUUCUUUCUUUAGUUUAAUGCCACUUUUAACUAUUUAAUUGCAAGAAACCUUUUAAAUUAUCUUUCAAGUAAAUUUGACAUUACUUCUGAAAACACAAGCAAAAAUUAUUUUUGCCUAAUUAUCAUUAACAUAAAUUGCUUUGAAAUGAGAAUGUGCUUUCUCCCUUUCCUGCUUUCUUCUAAGAGCAGAAACUCCAUCUACUCUUUGCGUUUUAAUGUAUGAUGUUAUUAUGAUGACCACUUUUGUUUCCUUAUCCCUGAAGAACUAAAAGCAACCUGUAGGUCUCAUCUCUCAGAAUCUUAAUGCUACAAGUAAGUACUAAAACAAUGAGAACAUACUGGGUGAGGGAGGAGGUGUGUAAUGUUUUAGCUUUCCCAUUUUUUUUCAUAUUUAAUGACAGACAUUUUCUCAAUCUCAUGUAAAUAGAAAUACCUUUAGAAAAGUUUUCUAUUUUUACUGUUGUAAAACAUCAUUAAGAAAAUUAAUGUGUCUUGUAAU